CAGCUGCAUCAGUAUACACACACAGACCUGGCACAGCUGCAUCAGUACACACACACACACACACACACACCUGGCACAGCAUUCAGUAAUCUGUAUGACCAUACUCCUAUAGAUUGUCCUGUAGCAGUCUCAAAACUGAAUGUGACCAGUUAUGUUUGUACAUCUAUGCUGUGUGUCUAACGUUUUUACUGAAAUAUAUUGCUGCCAGUGUGCAUGGUUUGCAUUUCUUUUCUUUGGGGGAGGUGGCUGUAUAAGGGUUAUAGAGGCCUCACUAAUAAUUUAAAGUGGGUGGUUUUGCCAAAUACCAACUGAUCUUUCAGAUAGAAAAAAAAUAAUUAGCUGCUCGGAAUUGCAGACAAUUUUAAAUGGUCAGUCAAUAACAAAAAGAUAACGAGUUAAAAUCCUUUUAAUCUGCUGGAAGUGACAGUGCCUCCUAGCUUCCCAACGCAGUACUGGAAUUGACGAGGAGGUACAGUGGGCGUGGUUAUGUUUACAAGACAAAAGGACAAUGCUAAGCGAAAACAAAUCUGGGGCAGCAUCUGUAAAGCUGUUCUAACCCAAACUAAUUGUGCUCGAAGACAAGCGAGGUUUAACGUGCGGCGACGUGUAGAAAUCAAAUUGGUACAAAUUCAAAAACUGACCAACGAAGGUGAUCGGCAUUUUUAGUUAUUCAAGUGAGCUUUACGGAUAGCUGUAGCUGAUCCAGUUUUUGUCCAAAAAUUGUACGUUCAUUCAGUUGUAGGCUAUUCAACUAAUUUUGUCAAUUUCGGAAACUAAUUAACUAAUUUUACGUCAGUUGCUACAGUCUGAGAAAGCUGUUAUGUACUGGCUUAACUCUUUUAUUUUUUUUUUAAAGCCAUCGGGGUUUGUCAACUAACACUAUUAUUUAAAAAAUCAGAACUUAUCAACAUCGAAAAAUAAGUUGGAUUUGCACGUGAAGCCAUUCUGAAAAGAAGAAUGAACGGAUUCCGGUCGAGUCCAGCUGAAUGUGCCGCUGGAAGUGUCUGUUCCAUUGAGGGUCUGCCGCCUUUACCGAAAGGUCUUAGUGGCAUUCUCAACUCCAGUGGGGGAUCUUGGAGAGACAUUGAAAAAGUGUACAGUAAAAGAACGCGGAUUCAGGCAGAUAUCAGCAAGUCCAGAGUGAGCGAUUCUCUCGGCCGCAGCAAGCCUGCAAGUCUGGACGCGGCUCUAGCCAUGCUGCGCAAAGAGAUGGUGGGGCUGAGACAGUUGGACAUGUCCUUGCUGUGUCAGUUGUGGUCUCUGUACGAGUCUAUACAGGAGUAUAAAGGAGGCUUCCAGGACAUCUCCUCCACUGAAAACGGCUACUCUGAAGAUGAGGAGGAGGAGGAGGAGGAGGAAGAUGACCCUACUGAAGAAGUAAAUGGGGGGACCGCAUUGGUGUGCCCACAACCAACCCAGAACUCCCGUGACCAGUGGAUUAAGGACUCUUUCCACAUUCCCCUUUAAGAAAGCAUGCCAAGGGCGCGGGGCAGCUGUGACUCUCCUCAGCUUCAGCUGUUACUGAUCGGCUGGAGCCAGUAAAGCAGAGAUACUGCAACACGGCAACAUUUCUUUAGGCUCUCAUUAUGAACAAUGGUAAUUAUCCAUUCCUUUUGACUUUAUUUUUGGACAUAAAGUACAGUCAUGAUUGUUAAAGUCUGUUUUACAGGCUUUAAAAAAAACAACUGACUCACUUCCUUCUGCUCGAGGACAUAAAGGCCGGAUAGAGGGAAAGGGAAGUAGUUUCAGAAUCAGGGCAGAGUGAGAUUAUCCUGAGCUUCAUGGUUCCGAACAGGAUCAAUCAGACACAAAGCCAUUCAGAUUUCUUUUUUGACAAAAGAUCUGAGUGAGUCAAAAAUACAUGAACUUAGCAGUAUCAGUUCUAAGAAUCACAACAAAGACCACAGCUGGGAGAUGCUGCUCCGAGAUCCUUUAUGAUCUUUCAUACAUGCCCUGGGCUCACAAACAUUAAGAAAAACACCAUAAUAAAUUCUCAUUACUAUGUA